UUAAUAUAAUUAUAUAAUAAAACAUGGCAUUUGUAUAUUAAGCAUAAAGAGACUUAAACUAAUUAUUGACAUCUCUUCCAUCUAAUGUAUUUAUUAUUAAUCUUACUACAUAGGUUGGUCCUGGUUCUUAUGGAUAAUCUAAGAAAAAGACAAUCAAAUAAGCAAAUGCUCCUUUCAAUACACAAUCAUCUAGACUUAAUCCAAUUAAAAAUUCCUCUUUCCCUGGUCCUGGAAGUUAUAGUGUAAAUUUUGCAACUGCAGGGUACAUAAAUCUUUAAAUGCUAGAUAGAAAGUUUUGCUCUAAUCAAAUUAGUCAGAACUUAAGAUUCUUGAAAUACAUAAAUAACAGUCUGUUUUUGCAUCCAAAUGUAAGCGCUUUUAAGAAGUUAAUACAAGUGAUACUCCUGGGUAGACUGUUUUUUUUGAUAUCUUAGUCCUGGAUCAUACAAAUAAGAAACAAAUUAACGACAACAUUAUUAGAAGGGAUAAUCUGAAUAUUUCAUAGAAUCAUUAUUGAAAAUGAAUAGAAAUAAAUCAAUUCCUUCUAUUCCAAGUAAUGAAUAAGUUUAUGGUUAUGUAGAUGGUGGAAGUAAAUAUUAAUAUUUUUUAUUUAGCUCUUUAAUUAAAUAAAAGUCCUUAGGUUGUUAUUUCAGGUUUAAAAAAUGAUUCAGUUGGACCUGGUCAUUAUGAAUUAAAGAGCUCUUUUGAUUUAAAUAAAGAAAAAGGAAUUAAUUGGCAUUCUUCUAAAUAACCUAAAUUAGCUCCUGUUGUUAAUAAAGAUUAAAAAUUGAUAGUUGGUCCAGGAGCAUAUGAUCUUUAAAAUGAGAGUUAACCUUUAUAUAAAUUGAUGCCUUCAGGAUCAUUUCAAUCCAAUACAUCAAGAUUCAAUAAUUAAGAUAAAGGAUAAAGGAGUAAAGAAAUUCUUAAACUUUAAUUUGAAAAGAAGAAAUCUUUAUUACUUUAAGAUUCUUAAUUUUAAGAUUUAAUAGAAGAAUAAUUUGAAUUGUCCUAAGUAUAAAAAUUACAAAAACUUAGAAUGAUGUACCUGGCCCUGGAUAUUAUUUCAAAGAUUAAAAUACUGUGUCAACUCAUGCUAAAUCUAAUUCUAAACUCGAAACUUAAUGUUUUGGAUCAAAAUUAAAAAGAUUUGAAAGUGAUUCAAGCCAAAUAACAAUUGGGCCAGGAGAUUAUAAAAUAGAAACCUCUUUAUCAAAUAGUAGUCUUGCUUAAAAGUAUCCACCCUUUUUAUCCUCUAAUACUCGUUUUGAAUAAAAACACUUGAACAGANNNUAAUCUAAGAAAAAGACAAUCAAAUAAGCAAAUGCUCCUUUCAAUACACAAUCAUCUAGACUUAAUCCAAUUAAAAAUUCCUCUUUCCCUGGUCCUGGAAGUUAUAGUGUAAAUUUUGCAACUGCAGGGUACAUAAAUCUUUAAAUGCUAGAUAGAAAGUUUUGCUCUAAUCAAAUUAGUCAGAACUUAAGAUUCUUGAAAUACAUAAAUAACAGUCUGUUUUUGCAUCCAAAUGUAAGCGCUUUUAAGAAGUUAAUACAAGUGAUACUCCUGGGUAGACUGUUUUUUUUGAUAUCUUAGUCCUGGAUCAUACAAAUAAGAAACAAAUUAACGACAACAUUAUUAGAAGGGAUAAUCUGAAUAUUUCAUAGAAUCAUUAUUGAAAAUGAAUAGAAAUAAAUCAAUUCCUUCUAUUCCAAGUAAUGAAUAAGUUUAUGGUUAUGUAGAUGGUGGAAGUAAAUAUUAAUAUUUUUUAUUUAGCUCUUUAAUUAAAUAAAAGUCCUUAGGUUGUUAUUUCAGGUUUAAAAAAUGAUUCAGUUGGACCUGGUCAUUAUGAAUUAAAGAGCUCUUUUGAUUUAAAUAAAGAAAAAGGAAUUAAUUGGCAUUCUUCUAAAUAACCUAAAUUAGCUCCUGUUGUUAAUAAAGAUUAAAAAUUGAUAGUUGGUCCAGGAGCAUAUGAUCUUUAAAAUGAGAGUUAACCUUUAUAUAAAUUGAUGCCUUCAGGAUCAUUUCAAUCCAAUACAUCAAGAUUCAAUAAUUAAGAUAAAGGAUAAAGGAGUAAAGAAAUUCUUAAACUUUAAUUUGAAAAGAAGAAAUCUUUAUUACUUUAAGAUUCUUAAUUUUAAGAUUUAAUAGAAGAAUAAUUUGAAUUGUCCUAAGUAUAAAAAUUACAAAAACUUAGAAUGAUGUACCUGGCCCUGGAUAUUAUUUCAAAGAUUAAAAUACUGUGUCAACUCAUGCUAAAUCUAAUUCUAAACUCGAAACUUAAUGUUUUGGAUCAAAAUUAAAAAGAUUUGAAAGUGAUUCAAGCCAAAUAACAAUUGGGCCAGGAGAUUAUAAAAUAGAAACCUCUUUAUCAAAUAGUAGUCUUGCUUAAAAGUAUCCACCCUUUUUAUCCUCUAAUACUCGUUUUGAAUAAAAACACUUGAACAGAAGGGUAGGUCCAUAAUCAUACAAUAUAAAUUAGAGUGUAAGAGAAUUUGAAAUAUAGUCUAGUUAGAACAUGAUAUGAUUAAAAAACUUGAAAGAUCUCCUGUAGGCAAAUUUGGAUAGAAUUAGCCUAGAUUUGAGGAUGAUCAAAGUAAAGAAUAAUUACCUGGUCCAGGAUAUUAUUAAUAAUUAAAUGAAUCUCCUCAAUAAGGAGGAGCUUAAACUGUCUUUAAAUCUUAAACUAAAAGAAUUGAUCCAACCAUAUAAAGCAAAUUAGAAUUACCAGCACCUGAUUAAUACAAUCCAAGAAAUCAUACUAUUGAAUUUAAUGUAAAAAAAGAUUAAGAAGAUGAUCCUGAAUUUGAAAUCAAAAGAGCUCCAUUCUAAACAUCAGCUCCUAGAUUUUAAAAUAAAAUAGAUAUCAAAAUUGAUGAAUUAGAUGAAGAACUUUAUGUCAAAAAAUAAAAUUAAAAAAGAGAAGAACAUAAAAUUCCAUAUAAAUAAAAAUAAGCACCUCCACCUUUUAAUGUAUAAGUAAUGAUAAAUAUUAUUAUUUUUAAAGGAAAAACGAUUUCAAUAUGGUAAAAUAACUGUUUAAUCUCCUGGGCCAGGAGAAUAUAAUCAAUCUACAAAAAUACCAUGGGAAAAAUCUUCAUUUAAUGUUUAAUUCUCUUAAAUUUGA